CGCCGGGCCGGGUCACAUUCAGCGGCGCAACGCGGCCGCAGCCGCCGCCGCCGUCCACCGACACGAAGACCCGCGGCGACCGGUCGCGGGUCACGGCCCUGUGGGACUCGCGACCGUCGGCACGCGUCGUGGUGGCGGGAAGGCCAUCGAUUGGGUUUUGUGGCGCUGGCUGACGCGGAAGUCAGCCCUUGAAAAUGUCGCAAUACUUCAAAGGCCAGGUUACGCUUGUGAUUUCUCUCGGGGUAAUGGACCUCCGAGAGCUAUGGACACAGAAUCAUGAAAACAAGAAAACACUUUACCGACUCAUCUACGAUGCCAUCAAAGGAGACAGUGAUAAUCCUCCGGUCAUCUUGAAGGUACACAGCACGCUGUUUGGCGUGGACCUGCGGUUUGACAGCACGGCGUCGUGCUCCGCGUUUCUGGAACGCUACGUGAAUGGGGACAUGGAGGUCCAGCUGAAUCGAGGCCUUGCGCCAAAACAUCAAGACAGCUUCACCACCUCCCUCCAGGUGCGAGGUGAAGUCCUCGUUAAGCGAAACUUCGAUUUGAGCACCUGGCUCCGUCUGAUCGGCCAAAAUGAGCCCACGGCCUUGCAGGAUGACGAGGUGAAAAAAAUGCAACACGAUUUGUUGAUGCUGAACUUGAACCCCAGGGAUGCGAGUGGAGGUGACCUUGUAAAUUCUAAUGCUGGCCCGAGUUCAUCUUGUCAACUGGGGGGCAUUCCAACUCAUGAUGCAUGUCUGAGCGCUCCAAUGGUCAUUCCAGACAACACGUUUAUUUUCCAAGAAAAACUAUAUGACGACCGGCCAAUCUCCACGGACGAUCACAAUAACUUCGCAAAAAAAGUGGGCCCCGGUUGGAAGGCUGUGGCUCGGCAGCUGAUGAGAACGUGCAAGGGUCUGGAGGACCCGACCAUCGAGAUUAUCACUUGUGAAUACAACGGUGUCUACGAGCAGGCCUUCCAGAUGCUGAGAAAGUUCAUGCAGAGCGAGGCAAAGCAAGCCACCUUGAGCCGUCUCGUAAAGGCUCUCGAGGAUGAGCGUCUGUGCAAUGUCGUAGAAUUUCUGCUCGACACUUAAAAGGGCUGGGUUGCGAAGUCUGCACUGCCAAGGCUCAUUUGUACCUCUUACCCACUGCCAUAUCAAAAGCUGAGCCAGCACCUCAUGGUUGAAUGAAAUCGACUCGCUUCUUGGGCAAAGGGUCUUUUCAACAGGACCAUUGGAUGAGACAAUCCUCGUAUCCUCUUUUCGGCAGGGUUGGGAAUAAUAAGAAAUUACUGGAAGUAAAUGCCCAAAUGUUUUAUUUUAAUGGGCUUAUUUAGAUAAUUGACAGUAACAUCCUCACCACUUAAAACUGGUGCAUUAUUAGCUGCAGCGAGUAACAGCAUUUGAAGAUAAUGGGAGCUUUUAAUUGUGCAUUAUAUAAUCCCCUGGGGCUCGUUGGAGUUGGAUCCUGGUGGCUCCCACACGCCGAAGUAUAUUUUUGUGGGUUUCUUUUGCGUUUCAUGCAAAACCGAAAGUAUUUAUAACCGAGGACAGAGCCAUGAUGUGACCAUUCGGUGUGAAGGUUGCGUAAUGUUUGUUGGGAGAAUUCGCCAAUGCGUUGGCAAAAUGUUCCCUUACAGGUUUCUGCCACAUUUUGCAUGGGUAUUGCCGAUUGGUUUGUAAGACUUAGAACAGUUUUCCAUUGAAUCGAGCAUGCGUUCAAGCAUUAAGUGUGCAACAGUUAAUGUAUGUACUUGUACAGGCAGUCCCUUUGUCAGUCCACUGCUGGUUGAGGGGCCUCCCUACGUAGUGUGGAUUAUAGGGGGCCACUUGACCGUACUUCACCAUGCUGGCACCUUUGUAAAUUAAAAUGUAGCUGCACUGCCGACUGCUGCCCACUACAUGUAGCCCCGCAGACGAGCACAGUCCAGGCUCAAGCCUGCUUAGUUUCCGAGAUCCGGUGCAUUCCAGGUAAUUUGGUUAUGUACGUUAAAUCUGAAAGCGACUUAAGUCCAAACUGUAUUUGGCAAUGGGUGUGUUGGCAGACAUUUUUUACGGCGAUAUCAGAAUAUAGUUGGUGGAUCACGAGGAGUGUGAGCCACGGAUAGAAUGAUGGGGAUGAAGCGCUCGUAAGGGGACCAGUGUCGGGAGCCGAUAAACAGUGGAGGUCUUUGAGCAAUGAAGUAUUCCACAUUUUCCCACCAUUCCGUAAGCAUUCUUGAUCAAAACACCUCCCUGAAAACGUCUUAAUUCUCAGUGAGAUUUUGCACCUUAAUCUGCGAAUUGUUUCCCCCCACCCCGCAUCUUGGCUACGAAGUUUAUUUGAAAUUCUGCGUCAAAAUUGUCGCAUCAUGCUCCAAACAUUAGAAACUUCCUAUUGCGGUACCAUAGAAAUGUAAAUCUUUUAUUUAAUAUCCAAUUUUGUUUUGUGUGCUCAGCCAGGUGUAGUGCAUUGAGACAGGGCAGGAUGUCACAUUCCUUUUGUAGGGGCCAGUCAAUGGACAAACUUUGUUCACUUAUCACAAAAUGGUUCUCAAAUUUGUCAACCCCAGAGGUAUUAUGGACUGAGUUGACACUUGGCCAAAAUUUGAACUUGCAACAAUUUUAUUGCAAGUUGCGUACUGUAUUCUUCCAGCCCUAUGUCAAAUUUAUUUACGGUUUUACAAAAUAACUGGUACACUUUACAAAUGAUAUAAAGAUUUAUAGCAAUAAUUGCCAGUUUAGUCUUAGAUGUUAUAUUUUGUGCAAAUUUUACACAUCUGGGAAUGAAUUGUAUUUUUAUGCCUUUUUUACCCAUGGUUUCAGGUUUUGCUAAUUUUUACUCCUUCAAUUACGAAGUAUAUUUUUUAUUCGCAACGUGUACUUUUGAUGCGACUGUUGAUCCCACGAAUAAUUUUUAUACAUGUACAAAUAAUCAUUAAAUUUAAAAUAAGUCACCAUUGUACCAUUACUGUAUGCGAAUAUCACUUGCCUGAAUGCGAGAUUUGAGGUUUAAGGCCUCCGGUAUGAUUCUAUGCAAGCUACCCCACUGUGAAUGAAUGCAUGUCAUAAACUGGGUUUAUAUUGAGGACAAAGUUGAUCAUUCAUACAAUACAUGAAUAUAAUUUGAGUAACUUCACCUUUUCCAAUAUUGUACAAAAUUAUCUCUUUCAACAUUACCAUUUCCAGUCAUUUACAUGUGGUUUUAAGUUUGUUCCUGAGUAUAAUUGGAUGAUCUGUCAUGUAUUUUAAAAAAGGUUGCAUUUAUUUGUAAAUGUGAAGGACUUACUGUAUGUAUUUUAGCCACUCUUACCAAGCAGCCCUUAUUAAAAUGUUUACAAAUU